AGAGUUUCGGACAGCAAUGGCUCAUGCAACUUUACUUUCUUCCUCCUUACUCACUCUCACUCUCUCACUCAAUGUCUUUUUUACUCACGAGAAGAAACAAGAGAUUGUUGGAAAGAAAAAGGAAACAGCACCAACUCAGAGAAGGGGGUAAAAGCAGGGGCGCCAUGGCGAUUGCAAAAGAAAAGCGGGCAUGGCUGGCUGGCGGGCAUGGCAAUGGGCCGCUUGCUUUGGUGCUCCUCGCCACCAUGGCUCGGGUCCUUGAAAAGCACGGCAGAAUCAGGCUAAAGCAAAAGAAGCCCAGAAGAAAACAAGAAGCCGGAAUACUACCGCUCGCAACAGCGACUGACACAAGCCCCUGCUGCUUCUACUUCCCCCUCCCCCUCCCCGUCCCCCCGCAUUAUAAUAUGCAGCCACGCCGCAGCAGCCGCAGCAGCCAGCCAGCGUCGUCGCAGCCGCACCGCCACCCCCACCCACGCCCACCGGAAAAGGAAGAAGAAACAGAGGAGAGGGAGGAGGAGGCGAGCGGCGGCGGGGAGCGCGUGCCUGGUUGGUGGUGCUAUGAGAGGGCCGGCCGCGUCCGGGGGGCGGGCAUCGGCGGCGGCGCCGGCCGUCUUGUUCGGAGUUCUUGUUUUGGUGUCGUUGGUGGUCGUGGUGGCCGAGAGGCCGUCCGCGCCGGCGAUCGGAGGGCGGAGGAUGCUGCUGCCGGGCGACGGAGGAGAGGCCAGGAGGACUCUGGAGGAUUUCAGGGCCGACGAUCCUUUCCAGGACAGCGCGAGGAGGGUGCCCAAUGGCCCUGAUCCUAUCCACAACAGGGGUGCCGGCAAGUCCGGAAGAUCGCCGGGGCGAGAGUAGGGGCGCGGCGCGCACCCAUGGCGUGGAAGCUUCCGACGGUUAUGGUGGGGCAGGAAGAUGGUGCAUUGCAUUGCAUCUCCUGAACAAGGGACAACAAACAAGAGCUACUACAAUAUAUUAUGGUGGGUCUGGAUGGAUGUUGUGGUGUAACUAGGGAGGGGGAGGUGGCCUGGACUUGGGACUAUCUUGUUCUAAGCACUGCUAUUUAAGAAGGUUUUAAGCAUAAAAACUUUAGCUUUUUUGCGAAAACAGAGGCUGUGUUCUACUGGUGGUGUGGGGGGUUCAGUUUUGUAAAGUGACCAAGCUUCCCUCUCAAGCACCAAAGAUUCUUGGCAAUGGGGGCAAGAGCUCCUUUCCCUUUUU